GUUUCUUGGCUUUGCCCCAAAUGCGAACUAUUAUUCCUUCCGACAUCCAAGUAAGUUAGGGUUUCGUUUUCUGCUCUUCAGGAAUUUGCUCAUCAACACGUUUUCGCCUUUCAUCAAAUUUCGGUUUUUCUCUGAUUCUCUUCUUCAAAUUCAGAUUUUGCAAGCAUCGGCAUGAAUGCAGUGCAACAAAUGAUCCAUUCUGAAAGUGAUGCUAUAUUUUUUGAUAUGAAUGUUGAUAAUGAGACAAUUGACUUGGAAGAAUGUAUUGAACAAGAGGAAGAUUAUGAGGAAAACAGUGAGGGUGAUGAGGAAGUGGUUAAGGAAAAUGAAAAUGACGAUGUGGUGCUUGGAGAGGAAAAAAGUAGAGAUAAUGUUCCUUUCUUCAACCAUAUUGAUGCUGCAAAUGAUGACGUUACUAGUAGUUGGUCAUUAUUACAGCCAACCGUUGAGUGGACUCCAAGUGUUGAGUUAAAGAAAGGGUUAACUUUUAAGGAUAAAGCUGAUUUGAAAAGGGCUGUUCAACUUUACUCUAUUAAGAGGCACCGCAUGUACGAAGUAGUUGAAACGAAAUCAAAUGUGUGGGCAUUGAAGUGUGCGAAACACAAGGAAGGUGGAUGCUGUUGGAGGCUUCGAGCAUGUAAGCGUAAGUCCCAUCAGCUCUUUGAAAUAACUAAAUAUGACGGCCCACACCGAUGUUUGUACCAAAGUUUGAGUCGGGAUCACCCAAUGUUAGACUCAAAUUUGUUAGCACGAGAAAUUGAAAAUCAAGUCAAAGUGGAGCCUUCAAUUACAGUGGCAGCCUUAAUAGAGACUUCGAAAGAAAAAUUCUCUUACGAUGUAUCAUAUAAGAAGAUGUGGAAUGCCAAACAAAAGGCAAUACACACUGUGUUUGGUGAUUGGGAUAAGUCCUAUAAAACUUUGCCUAAAUUUGUAGCCGCGCUUGAAAAGUGUAAUGACAUGAUUGUCGUAUGGCAGUUUGAAAAGUUGCACGAUCAGAAUAUGGGGACUUUUCAGCGUAUAUUUUGGGCUUUUCCACAAUCUGUUGAAGGAUUCAAGUACUGCAGACCAGUAAUUAGUAUUGAUGGAACUCAUUUGUAUGGGAGAUACAAAGGGAAAAUGUUGAUAGCUAUGGCUGUUGAUGGAAAUAAUCAACUAUUCCCUCUCUCAUUUGCUAUCGUUGAGGAAGAAUCUUUUGACAGUUGGAGUUGGUUUCUUCAUUGUCUUAGACAGAAAGUAACUCAACGGAAAGGAGUUUGCUUAAUUUCUGAUCGUCAUAAAGGAAUUACUUCUGCAGUUAACGAUCCUUAUUCCAUGUGGCGAGAACCUUGGGGUUAUCAUCGAUAUUGCUUGCGACAUAUAUGCAGUAAUUUCAAUGACAAGUUUCACAAUAAACAGUUAAAAGUGCUUGUGUAUAGAGCAGGAAGUGCACACCAAGUGCGGAAGUUUGAUGCCAUAAUCCAAGAAAUUGACAAAAUCAACCCCGAAGCUCGUAAAUGGUUGGACAAGAUCCCGGUAGCACAAUGGUCAUUGGCUCAUGAUGGGGGCCGACGUUAUGGAAUAAUGACCACCAACUUAUCUGAGGUGUUCAACAGUGUGCUAAAAGGUGCUCGGAAUUUGCCUAUCACAGCUUGUGUGCAAUUAACCUUCUAUCGGUUAGUUAAAUUUUUUUCUGUGAGACGGGGGUUUGUUGAAGAUGCGUUGGCUAAACGAUACUUGUAUACGCCACAUGUUCUUGCGACUAUUGAAGGAUAUCGGGUGAAGGCAAACACACAUGAUAUUGUUCACUUUGAUAGAGCACAAGGAGUUUGUGAAGUAUUAACUGCCCCAUAUGGUGAGGGGAUGCAGAAAGGGCACAAUAAACAAGUGGUCCACCUUGCUCAAAAAACAUGCAGUUGUGGAAAGUGGCAAAUUUAAAAAUUUCCAUGUUCACAUGUGAUGGCGGUGUGUGGACAGUUAACACUUGAUAUUUGGCAGUACACUGAGGAGUACUACACCAUUCACUACUACUCUCAAACUUGGGCCCCUCAGUUUAGCCCAAUCCCUCAUGAAGACUAUUGGCCGGAAGCAAAUAUUCCUCAACUGUUGCCGGAUCCUACUCGUAGGCGUUCAAAGAAAGGAAGACCUCAAUCCACACGAAUUAGAAACGAGAUGGAUAUCAAAGAAGGUAAAACUAAGACACUGUGCGGCAUUUGUAAAGAGCCGGGUCAUGAUAGACGGACAUGUAAAAACAAGAGAAAAAAGAUGGACUGAUGGUCUCAUCUAUACUAGGUAUUUCUAAUGUUGUAAUUUUAUAUUUUGUCACUAGUUUUUCAGUUUUUCCAUUCACUCUAAUGUUUUAGUAAUACAAUUUCUAAUUAUUUAUGGGGUCAUUACUGCUAGAGUUAUUAAUACAUGUAUUGUUGAAUAUAUUUUAGCCUUACAUGUACACUAAUAAUUUGUAUUAAUGUUGAUUAUAAAAACUUGCAGAAUUAUUUUAGUCUAAUAACUAAACUGGUGAACCACUUAUACUGGCAGAUUUGAAUCCUAACUGAUUUUUAAAAAACGGCAGAUAUAACAAUUUUUGUUAGGAUACAUGUAAACAUAAAUACCAACUAUACUAGGUUAGAUUGCUGUAUUUUUUUUUUAAUACUUUGCUUGAAAAGAGAUUACUUUUUCCAUACUGUCUUGCGGCAUUUUUUGUAUCCUAAAUUGCAUAUAUUUAAUAUAUGUGUGUGGGUUUGUGUAUAUUUGUGUAAUAUGCUCACGCUAACUUUUUUAUGUGUAGGUGGUGGUGGCAAACGUGAAUAUGACAUGAGCUUCCCGGAUGCACUUGUGGUGCUUUGCGUAAAUUUUGUCACGAGAAGAUGCUCAUAUUUUUAAUAUUGGAGAACUCUCUUAUUUUGUAAUCUUAAGUACUCUUUUUUGGAUGAUGGACAUAUUGGUUGUUACUAUGAUAUGUUGUGGUGAUUUGCGUAGAACUUUGUCAUGUCGAGAUGCUCAUAUUUUUAUUUUUAAUACUACAGAACCAUAUCAUUUUGUUUAUUAGUAA